AUGAUCAACGACGAAUCAGGGUCGUCCAGCAAGAGUCCAUUAGCACUGUCAGAACUGCGAAAUCCUUGGCUCACGCCGGUCGGAUCUCCAGUGCUGCUCAGGAAACCGAGAACCCACAAUUUUUACGGGGCUUUGGAAAGCGUCGCAUGGAUUUGGCGGAUGAUUGGAAUUUUCCCUGUGACAGUGACUGGUCCAAUGGGCAAGGAAAGAUACAAAUUGGAUAAAUUUUACGCUACUUACAGUGUUCUUAUCGUAGUCAUUUGUUUAAUAAAUUUCGUCGACGCUAUAAGGCAAUCCGGAAGUUAUUACAGACAUCACGUGCCCAUGACUUCGAUAACCUUGACAAUACGAACGAUGGCGAGUUUGCUCUGCAUGAUACUCGCCAAUUUCUGGCGCAUCGUUCGCUCCAAAGAGUUGACAGAAACUCUCAACGAAAUAUCGGAUCAAGAGUCGAUACUGGGGAAAAUAGGUUGUCGAAAUAAGAACGAGACGAGCGUAAAGUCGAUCCAGAGAUACGUGUGGACCACGCUGAUCGUUUUGAUGUUUCUUAUGGCUUAUGACUUUUAUGCAAUUGCCUACAAAGGCAAAAGCUUAUCAUUCCGAUGGUUUUUUUGGAUGGCAUCGUUAAUGGCACAAGUGAUGGACCUGACGAUAUUGGUCGUGCUCGUUGGCUGGAUUGGAUUCAAGUUUUCUGCUAUUAAUGAGAAAUUGAGUUGUGUCGUGGCGAAGGCAAAUGCCUCCUCACCGAAGGUCCUCAUCGCAUCGGAUGUUUGCGCUGAAAAUCUACGUGCUCUUUCGAAAACUCAUUACAACAUGUGUGCAUUGGGCAAACGAGUGAAUAGCCUCUUCGAUUGGAACGUCAUCAUCAACGUUUUGACUGCAUUUAUAAUACUGAGCACGACUCUCUAUUACAUAUUCUUCGAAGUUGAGCGUCCCGGGGAAACGGACGUAGCUCAAAUCUUUUGUUACAUCCAUUGGGAAUUCAUGCAAAGCGCUCCGACUGUAGUCAUCGUAAUAGUUUGUAAUUGGACGUGUCGUCAGGGAACCUACGCUGGAAAAUUGAUCCACGAGAUUCGAGUGGAAACAACGGACUCGCGAUUAUACGAAGCGAUUAAAUCUUUUUCGCUGCAGUUGCAUCAUCAAAAGCUUCAAUUUUCGGCCGGGGGAUUUUUUCCUCUAAAUUCAGCACUCUUACAAACGAUGGUCGAAAAGAUAACCACAUAUUUGGUGAUUCUCAUUCAAUUUCAACCAAAUUUGGACGAUCUGAGUGCAUCUACCAAAAAAAGGAGUGGAAAUUAGUGCAGUUAGAAUUUGGAGCAAAGUUCUUAUCGUUUAUAAUAAAUUGGAACUGCGAACGUUAAAGGAAAAACAAAUAAGUUAUUAUCAACUCAAACCUUCGCGCGAUAAGCAAUUGUCAUUAUCGUAAGAAUGUCACUUCGAAUAAAUUGAUCGAUCAGCAAA